AACCGAUUCAUCAGUUCAGACCUCACUCAAGCCUCCCAAUCUAGCUAAGAAGGCCUGGUGCUUCGCCCAGCUUCGCAUGCCACUCGGGCCUGUUUCGCGACAGCUCCCUGACUUGAUCUGCCCCAACCUUCGAGGUCAAUCUAGCUGGCGCGCAUUCGCCUGACACUGUAAAGCUGAACAUCACCCUCCGUCCACGCCAAUCCCCAGCAAAGCGACCCCGCGCACCUUCCUCUCAGCCUGUGAUCCAAACAGCAAACUCCGGGAUGCGGCUGCUUGUCGUGGGCGGAAACGGCUUUCUAGGCUCCUCCAUCUGCAAGGCAGCACUUGCGAAGGGCUGGGAAGUGAGCUCGAUUAGCUCUUCGGGGAGGCCCUUCGUGGCUCCCUCGGGGCGCACACCCGCAUGGGCAAAGUCUCCGCAGAUGAAGUGGCAUGCCGCCAAUGCGGGGGCUCCCGAAACAUGGCAAGAGAUAGCUGCCAGCAGUGAUGCGUGCGUGCAUUCUGUGGGAAGGCUGCUCGAGGGCGAGUACAAGACGCCAAAGGACGCAGCGGCGGAGCUUGUCAGAGCUUGGUCCGGUGGAAGCGCGGGCGGCUCAAAUCCAUUGAAGAGGAGCAAGUAUGAUGCUGUCAAUCGCGAUCUCGCCGUCACCGUUGCGAACACUUUUGCCUCCACAAGGAGAAAAGGAACGAACGAGUCACCAGCGCCCUUUAUCUUCAUCUCGGCAGCUGAUCACUUCCGUCCGAUCAUUCCGGAGGGGUACAUUAGGUCGAAACGAGAAGCAGAGGCUGCGAUUGCCCAGCUGGCUGGCUUGCGAUCGAUCUUCAUGAGGCCAGGGCUGAUGUAUCAUCCAGCAAAUCGACCGCUGUCCACCCUUCCUGCAGCACUGCUAGACUUGUCGGCAGCAGUGCACGGCAAAGCGCACACACUCGGCACGUGGGUGCCCACCCCAUCUCGAAUCCUCUCUUUCCUCUCCUCUCCUCGCUCUCCAUUAUCCAUCUUCACCCCGCCCUCCCCUCACGAAAAGCCGAGCGCAACGCCGAGCUCCCGUACCGGUCCGGACUUCACCGCUUUGGCGAGAGGUAUUACCACUCCUCCGUUGCACGUGGACACGGUCGCCAAAGCUGUCGUCAGAGCUUUAGAGGAAUCAGAAGUGGAAGGCCCAAUCGAGCCAGCCGAUAUGAAACGUCUGCUCGGCUGGAGAGAUGUGGGCGCCGAGCCAGAAGAAAGCUUGAGGGAAAGGCCGAGCUUCUAGCGCUUCAGAUGUGGUGAGGCCAUGACGGAAUACAUAUGUACAAUACAGCAGGGCCAGUGGGUCAGGCCUUCACGAACACCGGGAUGAGUGGUGCUUUCGAGCCUUCAAGGACCCCUCGCCUUGACGAUAGAUGAACUGUGGAAAAGUCAGACAUUUCAACGCUACAGUGACUACACUUGGAAGGCUCGGGUCUUGAGCUAAGAGUUGGAUUCGUCAAGGGCUUUGGGGAAGGACUUUUUUGAGCUGGGAG